AUGUUCAACACCUCUCUGCGCCGAGUGGCGCGCACCUGCACGAAUGCCCCAUCGGUACCCUCUCGCCCGUCUACGCCUACGAUAGCGUCCUUCACCUCGAACGCUCACCAGCGGCGGCAUUCUUCUUCGAAGCCACCCGUACCGCCGAACAAUGGCUCCUCAGCAAUCCCAGCAGCCUCCGUGAAACAGGUCGGGGCUCCCCGAUCUGAGUCGAAGCGACCGGGCGCCGAGUCGCGCCUCUCGAAGAAAAGGUCCUCCAAGGACAAGGCCGACAACAAGGAAGCCCAAGAUGACUGGACUUCAAAACUACCAGCUGUGCCUAGCUUGCAGCACUUGAACCCAAAAGAUGUCUACGUUGCCUCCUUCUUCUCAACCCAUCGACCCAUGUCCAUCACCGGACCUCUACCUCCCGAGGCGUCCAUAGAAGCAGUCGACAAAAUCUUCCAGCCCAAGCCGAAAUCGAGGACACGCGCCCCCUCUCAAGAUGUUAUCUACACCCUUGCGGCGGCGGUGGAAACCCUGGACGAGCAUAUUGCCCAAAAGCAAGCCGAUCAACCUUCACAAAACGCCGCCGAACAGAAGGCGGCUCUGAUCAAGGCUCUCAUGCAGCGCAAUGAGAGCCCGGCUGACCCUAAUCGAACACAUCAUCUCGACGGCGCACCGCAAACUGUCCAGGUCGCGGGGGGCAAUAUUAAACUAGUCAUCCAAGAAAUCCAACGAAGAUUUCGGCCAUUCAAUGUUCCCCCCGCGCCUCGACCCAUCAGCGAUGCCGAGAUCGACGCGAGCGAAGAGCAUGCUGCAGCCCAAGCAGAGAAGGCCGAGGAAUUACAAGCCAAAACUCUUGAGGUGGAGAUCGAACAACAAGAUUACAAUGACCCAUAUAUUCAACAGGUGGUAAUCAGCGUCCCUCGAGACCCGGCCCAUUUGCAAAAUGAGGGCUUUUUCACCAGCCGCGGUACCCCCAUCAUGGAAAUCGAGAAGCCAGACGCCUCGUCUUCCCUGCGAGAGAUUGAACAACAACCACCCUUGGGACGGGGCAAAAUCAUCGGCCACCGAAGGCAGGUCGGCUCUAUUCCAGGCCGGAGAAGAGAAGGAAUGUAUGCGAUUAGUGUCAAGAGACAAAGGCGCUUGAAAAUGAAGAAGCACAAGUACAAGAAGUUGAUGCGCAAGACGAGGAACUUGAGGAGGAAGUUGGGGCAAAUAUAG